CUUUCUUGUUCUAACUUCCCGGAUCGUCCCCUUCACAGUCUGGACACUGCGAGCUGCUCGAAACGGGCACCGCAGAAUUUCACCUAGGGUUAGGAUUUGCCCUAAGUCGGAUUUUGUUAACCAGGUUCUUAUCAAUCACCGAGCGAGAUGGGUGUGGAUUCGUUAUCAUCGGAGUCGAGCUCCGAUCUCGACGAGCAGAUCUCACAGCUCAUGCAGUGCAAGCCACUGUCGGAGGAACAGGUUAGAGUUCUGUGUGAAAAGGCCAAGGAGAUCUUAAUGGAUGAGAGCAACGUCCAGCCUGUGAAAAGCCCUGUGACAAUAUGUGGCGAUAUUCACGGGCAGUUUCAUGAUCUUGCUGAACUAUUUCGAAUUGGAGGGAAGUGUCCAGAUACUAACUAUUUGUUUAUGGGAGACUAUGUGGACCGGGGUUAUUAUUCAGUUGAAACUGUAACACUUCUUGUGGCACUAAAAGUGCGGUUUCCCCAGCGCAUAACUAUUCUUCGAGGGAACCAUGAAAGUCGCCAGAUCACUCAAGUAUAUGGAUUUUAUGAUGAAUGCCUAAGAAAGUAUGGCAAUGCUAAUGUUUGGAAGAUCUUCACAGACCUUUUUGAUUACUUUCCAUUGACUGCAUUGGUUGAGUCAGAGAUAUUUUGUCUGCAUGGUGGACUCUCCCCUUCCAUUGAGACUCUUGAUAAUGUGAGGAACUUUGAUCGUGUUCAGGAGGUCCCUCAUGAAGGGCCGAUGUGUGAUCUAUUAUGGUCUGACCCAGAUGACAGGUGCGGUUGGGGAAUUUCUCCCCGUGGUGCUGGAUAUACUUUUGGCCAGGAUAUAUCUGAACAAUUCAAUCACACAAACAACCUUAAGUUGAUCGCUAGAGCUCAUCAGCUGGUUAUGGAUGGAUUUAACUGGGCACAUGAACAAAAGGUGGUUACCAUAUUUAGCGCUCCUAAUUACUGUUAUCGGUGCGGGAACAUGGCUUCCAUAUUGGAAGUUGAUGAUUGCAAGGACCACACUUUCAUCCAGUUUGAACCUGCUCCUAGGAGGGGAGAACCAGAUGUUACCCGUAGAACACCUGAUUACUUCCUUUAAUAGAGCUGCUCAAUGUCAUGCUGAUAUCAUGGUUACGUCUACUUCUGCUUUGGUAUCUGGUAGCUGUGCAACCUUGUCUGGAGGAUUUCUAUGAGCGUUUGAAGCCAUGGUGGAUGUAAGGCUUCCGAUGCUUUUAUGGUGGUUGUGGACAUCGCAUUGAUGUAUUGUAGGCAGGUAACAUUCGACUGAUUUGUUCCGCCCAAGAACUUGCCGGACAUCUUGUUAAAGUUGCGUUUUGUCAGAAUAUGUAUCAUUCAAGCAAAAUGUGGAUAUCUUGACUAUUCUCCUCAUUUAUUCUCAUGCUUCACACCCGUUCUCAGGCUCUAGAAGCAACGGUGAUUUUUUUUU